UUCAAAAAAACAGUUCAAUUGUUCGACUUCUGCUGAUCAACAUGGUGCGCGUUUUAUUUGUGACUUUUGGAGCGGCCCUCCUGCUGCUCCUGGGCCAGGUUGAGGCAACUUCUCUGUCGAGAACUUACCUGCCGCCCCAAGUUCAAGUGCAACAAAUCGUUUCCCGUCCGCAGGUGGUGCAGGCGGUGCAGCAGCGCCCUGUGAUUCAAUCUGUUGUGGUGCCACAGCGCACUUAUCUCCCUCCUGCCCCGAGAGUGGUAUCGGUUUACAGGCCGGCUCCUGUUCAGGUGGUCUCCAUUCCGAGGGCGGUCCAGCAUCAGAUCAUCUCCCGUCCCCAGGUGCAGGUGGUGCAGCAGCGUCCUGUGGUGGUGCAGCAGCGUCCAGUGGUGGUUCAGCAGCUUCCUGUGGUGGUUCAGCAGCGUCCUGUGGUGUUGCCACAGCGUACUUAUCUGCCACCAGCCCCAAGGGUGCUGUCAGUUGUUCGUCCAGCUCCCCAGGUGAUCGCGAUUGCUGCCCCCAGGCGCACCUACCUGCCCCCCCAGGGAGCUGCAUCAUCGCUGAGCGAGCAGUACGAGCAGCCCGAAGAGAUCUAGUAAAAAAAUUCCGUCAGGGCAACUCGACGACUGGUUUGUGGGUUAACCCACACACCGCAAACUAUAUUCUAAUGCUAAUUACCGAUGGAGCAGAACAGAAACGAACAGAGAAAUGCAAAAAUACAUUUUGAUACGUUUAUUUGCAUGUCUGACGCGAUUCGAUCCUCAAUGGAUUUGCAUAUUCCAGAAUUAGUAUUUAGACAAUAAAGAAAGCGCAGAACA